UUUUUAGAGUCUUAAUCCGCCCAUGUUUCAAGAUUAUGUUCAACCGCCUCUUUUUGAGUCAAUUGUGCAAUUUAAGGUUAUGUUUACAAACGAACAGAAGCAAAGUUUCACUUCAAAAUAUCACUCCUCUCCUUCUAAAUCGUUCUCUCCAAACCUCUGCUAUUUCACUCCAUGGAGAAUAUGAAUAUGAAGACCCUAAAUCCGAAGAAGACGUUGUGAACAUUACAUAUAUUACCAAGGAUGGUAACAGAGUUAAAGUUCGGGGCAAAGUUGGUGACAACGUCCUCUAUCUAGCACAUCGCUAUGGCGUUGAAAUGGAAGGUGCCUGCGAAGCAUCUCUAGCUUGCACUACCUGUCAUUGCUAUGUGAUUGGAGACUAUCUGGCUAAGCUACCGGAGGCAACCGAAAAAGAAGAGGAUUUACUUGAUUUAGCUCCUUUUUUGAAAGAAAAUUCAAGGUUAGGUUGUCAAAUCAUCCUUACCAAGGACUUGGAAGGGAUAGAACUCCAAUUACCAUCUGUUACUCGAAACUUUUACGUUGAUGGUCACAAGCCCAAGCCUCAUUAAGUAAGCACUGGCUGUAGAGACUUCCGUCCGAUAUUUAUAGAUUCUAAAACUUCAGCGCUUAAAAUAUUCAUAGUGCGAAUUUGACAGCAUGUAAAUCUUCUUUU